GGCGCGGGGCAUGCCGGGAGCGGCGGCUGAGGGGAGCGGGGCCUUGGGCGCCCAGUUUGGUUUCUCCUUCCCUUGUGCGGGGCGAGCUCCUUGCUCCCAAACCUCCCGCCCCGCCACCCUCCGCUCGGGGUGCGAGGCUCUCGGGGUCGGCUCUGCGGGUGUCGUCGCCGCCGCCGUUGCCUGGUAGCGGCGGCCCCGCGCGGGGAUGAGAGCCACCGACUGGUGCCUGAGCUCGGCGGGGGCUGCCCUGGUCCUGGCCACGUCCAGCGACGAGCAGCACCCCGCCGAGAACGUCGUGGACGGAAGUUCAGAAACGUUUUGGACCACGACAGGCAUGUUCCCACAGGAAUUCAUUAUUGGUUUUCCUAAAUGUGUAAAAAUCAGCAAAGUCGCAAUCCAGAGUUAUUUGGUGAGGACCUUAAGGAUUGAAAGAAGCGUAUCUGAAGACCCAGUAGGUUUUGAAGAGUGCAUUGAAAAAGAUUUGGAACACACAGAAGGACAGCUUCAAAAGGAAGAAUUUCCACUUCCUGAAUUCCAAGCCACUUACUUACGUUUCAUCAUCAAAUCUGCCUUCGAUCACUUUGUGUCAGUGCACCGGGUGAUGGCAGAGGGCACAGCGGAAAAUGCUUAAGUCUGGCUUAAAUUUGUACCUCCAUUUUUGUUAUAUACAGAAGUUAUAUUUUGAUAUCUGUAGUGCAGAGAAUAUUUAUCAUUAAAACCUUGUAUCAAAGUGUUUUUUGAAGGUA